GGGUGGGAUGAAGAAAGUCGGUGUGAGCGAGGCCGGGUUGGAGGAGGGGUUCAGGCCUGUCCUCCCCAGCGGCUGGGGCAGCAACAACGCCGGCCGCCGCCGUCGCCCCUGGGACGCGGAGGAGGAGGAGUGGCUGGAGGAGUAGGAGGAGGAGGUGGGCCUGGGGAGCGGGAUGUCCAGCGCUACGACUUGCUGGUGAAUGCUGAGGAGAGUCGCGGUUGCUGCAGUCUGUGCCACCGGGAGGAAGUUGCGGUGUGAGGCCGGCCGGGAGCUUACGGCUCUGGGGCGAAUCGAAGCACGGGGUCUGUGCGAAGAAUCAGCGAAACACUUUCCUACGCUGACCAUGCCUGGAAGAAACAAGGCGAAGUCCACCUGCAGUUGCCCGGACCUGCAGCCCAAUGGACAGGACUUGGGCGAGAGCGGCCGGGUUGCCCGUCUUGGAGCUGAUGAAUCUGAGGAUGAGGGACGGUCUCUCAGUAAUGUCGGGGACCCUGAGAUCAUCAAGUCUCCCAGCGAUCCCAAGCAGUACCGAUACAUCAAAUUACAGAAUGGCUUGCAGGCACUUUUGAUUUCAGAUCUAAGUAAUGUGGAGGGUAAAACAGGAAAUGCAACAGAUGAAGAGGAGGAGGAGGAAGAGGAGGAGGAGGAGGAGGAAGAUGACGACGACGACGACGAUGACGACGACGACGACGAUGAUGACGAAGACUCUGGAGCUGAGAUACAGGACGAUGAUGAAGAAGGCUUUGAUGAUGAAGAGGAAUUUGAUGAUGAGGAACAUGAUGAUGAUGAUCUUGAUAAUGAGGAAAAUGAACUGGAAGAAUUGGAAGAGAGGGUGGAAGCCAGAAAGAAAACUACUGAGAAACAGUCUGCAGCGGCUCUGUGUGUUGGAGUUGGGAGCUUUGCUGAUCCAGAUGACCUGCCUGGACUGGCACACUUUUUGGAGCACAUGGUAUUCAUGGGUAGUUUGAAAUAUCCAGAUGAGAAUGGAUUUGAUGCCUUCCUCAAGAAACAUGGAGGUAGUGAUAAUGCCUCAACUGAUUGUGAACGCACAGUCUUUCAGUUUGAUGUCCAGAGGAAGUAUUUCAAGGAAGCCCUGGAUAGAUGGGCCCAGUUCUUCAUCCACCCACUGAUGAUCAGAGAUGCAGUUGACCGAGAGGUCGAAGCCGUGGACAGUGAGUAUCAGCUUGCAAGACCUUCUGAUGCAAACAGAAAAGAAAUGUUGUUUGGAAGCCUUGCUAGACCUGGACAUCCUAUGGGGAAGUUUUUUUGGGGAAAUGCUGAGACACUCAAGCAUGAACCAAAGAAGAAUAACAUUGAUACACAUGCCAGACUGAGAGAAUUCUGGAUGCGUUACUACUCUGCUCAUUACAUGACCUUAGUUGUUCAGUCUAAAGAAACCCUGGACACUUUGGAAAAGUGGGUGACUGAGAUCUUCUCUCAGAUACCAAACAAUGGACUACCUAAACCAAACUUCAGCCACUUAACGGAUCCUUUUGACACACCAGCAUUUAACAAACUUUAUAGAGUUGUUCCAAUCAGAAAAAUCCAUGCUCUGACCAUCACGUGGGCACUUCCACCUCAACAGCAACAUUACAGGGUGAAGCCACUUCAUUAUAUUUCCUGGCUUGUUGGACAUGAAGGCAAAGGCAGCAUUCUUUCUUACCUUAGAAAAAAGUGUUGGGCUCUUGCAUUGUUUGGUGGAAAUGGUGAAACUGGUUUUGAGCAAAAUUCUACUUACUCAGUGUUCAGCAUUUCUAUCACGUUGACCGAUGAGGGAUAUGAGCAUUUUUAUGAGGUUGCUCACACUGUCUUCCAGUAUUUAAAAAUGCUGCAGAAGCUAGGUCCAGAAAAAAGAGUUUUUGAAGAGAUUCAGAAAAUCGAGGAUAAUGAAUUUCAUUACCAAGAACAGACAGAUCCAGUCGAGUACGUGGAGAACAUGUGUGAGAACAUGCAGCUGUACCCACGUCAGGACUUUCUCACCGGAGAUCAGCUUCUGUUUGAGUACAAGCCAGAAGUUAUUGCUGAGGCCCUUAAUCAGCUGGUUCCCCAGAAGGCAAAUCUUGUUCUUCUGUCUGGUGCUAAUGAGGGAAGAUGUGACCUCAAGGAGAAGUGGUUUGGGACUCAGUAUAGCAUAGAAGAUAUUGAAAACUCUUGGACUGAACUAUGGAAGAGUAAUUUUGACUUAAAUCCAGACCUUCAUCUUCCAGCUGAAAAUAAGUACAUAGCCACGGACUUUACACUGAAGGCCUUCGAUUGCCCUGAAACUGAAUACCCUGCAAAAAUUGUGAAUACUCCACAAGGUUGCCUGUGGUAUAAGAAAGACAAUAAAUUCAAAAUCCCCAAAGCCUACAUACGAUUUCAUCUGAUCUCACCUUUGAUACAGAAAUCUGCAGCAAAUGUUGUCCUCUUUGACAUCUUUGUCAAUAUUCUCACUCAUAACCUUGCUGAACCAGCCUAUGAAGCUGAUGUGGCACAGCUGGAGUAUAAACUGGUAGCUGGAGAACAUGGUUUAAUUAUUCGAGUGAAAGGAUUCAACCACAAACUACCUCUGCUCUUUCAGCUCAUUAUUGACUACCUGACUGAGUUCAGUUCCACACCCGCUGUCUUUACCAUGAUAACUGAGCAACUGAAGAAGACCUACUUCAACAUCCUCAUCAAGCCCGAGACUCUGGCCAAAGAUGUGCGGCUUUUAAUUCUGGAAUAUUCCCGCUGGUCUAUGAUUGACAAGUACCGAGCUUUGAUGGAUGGCCUUUCCCUUGAUUGUCUGCUAAACUUUGUCAAGGAUUUUAAAUCCCAACUCUUUGUUGAGGGCCUGGUCCAAGGGAAUGUCACCAGCACGGAAUCUAUGGAUUUCCUAAAAUACGUUGUUGACAAGCUGAACUUCAUGCCCCUGGAGCGGGAGAUGCCUGUGCAGUUCCAGGUGGUGGAGCUGCCAAGCGGCCACCACCUAUGCAAAGUUAGAGCUCUGAAUAAAGGGGAUGCCAACUCUGAAGUCACUGUGUACUACCAGUCAGGUACGAGGAGUCUGAGAGAAUAUACUCUGAUGGAGCUGCUUGUGAUGCACAUGGAAGAGCCCUGCUUCGACUUCCUUCGAACCAAGCAGACCCUGGGGUACCACGUCUACCCGACCUGUAGAAAUACAUCUGGGAUUCUAGGAUUUUCUGUAACUGUUGGGACUCAGGCAACCAAAUACAACUCUGAAACUGUUGACAAGAAGAUAGAAGAAUUUCUUUCCAGCUUUGAGGAGAAGAUUGAGAACCUCACAGAAGAUGCAUUCAAUACUCAGGUCACAGCUCUGAUCAAGUUGAAAGAGUGUGAGGACACCCACCUUGGGGAGGAGGUGGACAGGAACUGGAAUGAAGUGGUGACACAGCAGUAUCUCUUUGACCGCCUUGCCCAUGAGAUUGAAGCACUGAAGUCUUUCUCAAAGUCAGACCUGGUCAGUUGGUUCAAGGAUCACAGAGGACCUGGAAGUAAAAUGCUCAGUGUUCAUGUUGUUGGAUAUGGGAAGUAUGAACUGGAUGAGGAUGGUGCCCCUUCUGGUGAGGAUUCAAAUUCUUGUGAAGGGAUGCAGCUAACCUACCUGCCACCCUCUCCUCUCCUGGCAGAAUCCACCAUCCCCAUUACUGACAUCAGGGCCUUCACAGCAACACUCAGCCUCUACCCCUACCAUAAAAUAGUCAAAUAAACUGCAGUCUCAUUGGCCUGAAAUGACGUGUGUAAAGACGUGUGUGCAUUUUAUGGAGUUACACUUCUGCCUUAGGGCUUCCGUUGGAGUUUUGCGAUGGCAACCUAGAAUUUGAUUUACUUUUACCCUUCUUCUACAAGACUAACCCAGAGUUACUGCACUGGAUGGCAAUGAGAUAGAAGCCAAGUGUGACCUCAACACUUGUGUCAACAACGCAGGGGCCCCUGGCCUGUGUCCUCUGAGGAGAACCCAGUUCUUGUGUGCUUAUAUAUAAUUAAUUUGUUAAUUAAUAGCACCAAACUGCCCUGGUUUUGUUCUUUAAUGUAUUUUAAAAUAAACAUAAUUCUGUAUUUCCCUUCA